CCCUCGGGAAAUGGUACAAGUUCUUUGGGUAGACAUACUAUAAGGUGCUUAAAGAAACUACAAGAAAAGGGGAAGCAGUUGAAUUUAGAACUCAAUCCAAGUUCUGUUGAAGGGCAAGGAGUUUUGGGGACUUGGAAAUUUGAUCAAAAGUCUAUCAGAGCUGGGUUAGUUGAAAUGAUAAUUCUGGAUGAAAUGCCUUUUAAGAGUGUGGAGAAAGAAGGUUUUAAGCGCUUCAUGGCUCUUGCUUGUCCGAUGUUUAAGAUUCCAGGCAGAAAAGCAAUUAGAGAAGAUUGUUUUAGAUUGUUUCUUGAACAGAAGGGCAAGUUGAGAGAUUACUUCAAGAUCAAGUGUGGAGGAAGGGUGUCCAUAACUACAGAUAGUUGGACUUCUUGUCAAAAUUUCAACUAUAUGUGCAUUACUGCACAUUUUGUCGGGAAGGAUUGGAAGCUAUACAAGAAGGUGAUCAGUUUUUGCAAGAUUACAAGUCAUAAGGGGAUUGAUCUAGGUGAUGCAAUAGCUGAUUCUUUGGAGCAUUGGGGUUUGAAAAAUAUUUUCACAGUCACAGUUGACAAUGCAAGUGCAAAUGACACGGCACUUCUUCAUUUGAGAGAUAGACUUGAAGAAUGGGGUACUAAUAUAGUUGGUGGAAAGUACCUUCACAUGCGGUGUAUCGCUCAUAUAGUGAAUUUGGUUGUGAGCGAUGGUUUAGAAGAGAUGGGCAUGUCAAUAAGGAGGGUGAGAGAGGUUGUGAGAUGGGUUAGAUCAUCACCAUCUAGAUUUGCAAAGUUCAAGGAGUGUGUGGAAUUUCACAACAUUGAAUCGAAGAAGAUGUUGAGUCUAGAUGUGCCUACAAGGUGGAAUUCCACCUACUACAUGCUUGAAGCUGCUGUGGUGUUUGAAGAUGCAUUCUCUAGUCUUGAGAGGAAGGAUAAGGAUUACAAGCCCGAUCUCAAGGCAAAGAGGUACAAGAAUCAAGAAAUUGGUGUCCCUCAAUAUGAAGAUUGGAAGAAUGCAAAAGUUUUGAUGAAGUAUUUGAAAUUCUUUCAUGAUUUGACUUUGAUUGCAUCCACUACUUCUGUUGUGACUGCUCAUCGAUUCUUGAGAGAGUUUGGAAAGGUCUUCUAUCAUGUUGAGAAAAUGAUGAAUAGCAGGGAUGAUGACAUAGUUAGGAUGGGUAUGAAGAUGAAGGCUAAAGUUGACAAAUAUUGGUCGGAGAAGGAUUGUGUCAACUUCAGAUUGAACAGGUUGGUUUACAUGGCUGUGGUGUUUGAUCCGAGGCAUAAGAUGAACUAUCCGGAUCAUAUUUUCAAGAAGAUGUGUGGAGAGGAAAGGGCAAAAGUCUUGGUGAAAGAGUUGAAUGAUGAACUCGAGAAGUUGUUUGAAUAUUAUCAGAGUAAGAUGCCUCCUCCUUCUUCUUCUUCUCCUCCAAAACGUCGAGUACAAGUUGCCACUUCAAGUUCACCGAGGUCGGCUAGUGAUUCUGAUGAUUCUUAUGAUGAUUAUGAUCCUGAUGAUGAUUAUGGAAAACCUCAAGCUGGUCAUACUAAGAGUGAGUUGGAGAAGUAUCUUGUUCAUCCUCGAGAAUAUGAUGAUGCUGAAGAAGAGUUUGAUGUGUUGAAGUGGUGGAAGACGAAUGCUAUGAGGUAUCCCAUCUUGAGUGAGAUGGCAAAGGAUCUGUUUGCUAUUCCUAUGUCAACCGUUCCUUCCGAGUCCGUUUUUAGCACAAGUGGGCGUGUUUUAGAUGAAUUUAGGAGCUCUUUGCAUCCUAAGAUUGUGGAAGCUCUCAUAUGCAGUCAAGAUUGGAUUAGAUCAAGUUCUAGUGAGUUUGUGGAGCAUCUUAAUGGUGAUGAUGAUGACUAUGAGGAUCAAGAAGACUUCGUGAGUGUUUACAAUGCUAUUAUGGUGGAUGAGGCGGAAAUGCGUGAUCAUGUGAGUGGACAUGAAGGUACAAGUACGAGCAAUGUCGGAGGGAGUGAUGUGUUUGGUUCGAGGAGUGGAACGAAUCAAGGAGGUGGAUCUAAUGCUUCAUUUGUUUCUCUUGAUGAGUAGAAAUGGUUUGGUGGAUUUCUUAGAUUGGAGUGAAUUUGGUGUUUGAUAUCUAAACUUCGGUUGUGAACUUGUGAUGCACUUUAUUUUAUUUUGAAGUUUGAAUUGGACUUUGAGUUUGUAAUAGACAUCAUUGAUGGUUGUGAUUGUGUAUUG